AUGUCGGUCUACUCGCACGAUGAGGAUCACGACCCUCAGGCUGACGAGCUCCGCGAGACCGCCCUCGUUACCCUCGAGGCUUUGAUCAGCUCCUGCAACCAGCAGAUGCAGCCAUAUCUGGCCAAUACCACCAGUGCAGCCCUUCGAUUCCUGAAGUACGAUCCGAAUGUUGCCGAGCUGGAGGAUGACGAGGAGAUGGGUGGUACCCAGGAUGACGGCAGCGAGGACGAUGCGACUGAAGAACCCGACAUGGACGACGACGAAUUCGAAGAUUUUGAGGAGGAAGACGGAUACAGUGACGUGGAUGACAUGAGCUGGAAGGUUCGCCGGUGCUCAGCGAAGCUGCUCUACUCCCUCGUCUCUACCUACGGCCGCAGCCGCGCCCUGGACGAUGCCGCUUUGUACCAGCAGAUUGCCCCCGCCCUGAUCUCCCGUAUCGGCCGCGAACGAGAAGAAAGUGUCAAGCUGGAGGUGGUCUCGACCCUAACUGCCCUCGUUCGCAAGACCAGCGAAGGCUCGGCCGUCGUCACCUCGAACGGCUUCCUGGAGGCGGUUGGUGGAUCCAAGAACUCCCGCAAGAGGAGACGCCAGGACAGCGAUGCCAGCAUGGUCGACUUUGAGCCCAGUGUCGGAACGUCCUCUGCAAUCGAUUCCCCCCUUAUUCCCUCCUCCCCAAAGUCCGGCCCCCAAGCCGACUUGGCCCGUUCCGUGCCUUUGAUCGUGCAGAGUCUGUUGAAAGCCUGGAAGCAAGCCUCGAUGCCUCUGCGACAAGCUGCCAUUAUUCUGUUGAAAAGUCUUUCGUUGGUUCGCUACGGAGGACUGGCAGACCACCUUCAACAAAUCGAAGACCUCAUCGCGGAUGCCCUCAAGACAUCCUCCCUCUCAGGCAGUUCGGCGGCCCACUCGGGGGCAGCUGUCAGUGCGGGCACUCUGCAGAUUGAAACUCUGGGCUUGAUUUCUGCCAUCGCUGAGACACACCUGUCCGAUGCUCUUCUCCCCUUCUUGAUUGCGCUCGUCCCCGGAGUCGUCGGUGCCGUCAAUGAGCGUAACUAUAAGGUUAGCAGCGAGGCACUCGGUGCCGUUGGGCAAAUAGUCAAGGCCCUCACUCCACCUCGGGCCUCGUCCAAUGCGUCUGAUAUGGCCAUGCAGCUGGAGAAGCUCUACGAUGUUGUCCUCGCCCGCAUCGCCGACACCAGCGCCGACCUGGAAGUUCGCCAGCGAGCCAUCCACGUCUUCGGUGUCAUCCUCGCACGCACGGCGGGUGAACGAGGCACCGAGUACCUUUCGGUCGACCGUAGGUCACAGGGCCUUACAAUUCUUUCCGAUCGUGCCAAAAAUGAGACAACCCGUCUGUCAGCCGUUCGCGCCAUCGACGAUGUUGUCGUCCUAGCGGACCGCAAACAGGACGUGACGGAUGACUGGGUCAACGAUGUGACUCUAGAGCUUGGCUCUAACCUCCGAAAGGCCGACCGUGCUUUGCGAGGAUCGUGCUUGGAGGCCCUUCGCAGCAUUACCAUGAACUCUAACACUCGCUCACACCUCAAUGCCAACACAAUGACCACUCUGGAGAGUUCGCUUUUGCCUCUGCUGGCGGCACCCGACUUUCACCUACUUACUCCUACUUUGAUCAUCAUUGCUAAGCUUGUCCCCGGGAACUCCAAGACCCUGGUCAACGAUGCCCUGAUCUCGUCGAUCUGCGCCAUCGUCAAGCAGCCUCUGGUUGGGACUGUCCUGAAGGCUCUGCUCCUUCUUGUGAAGGUCAUUGGCGAGGAGGGUGCCGGUGCCCAGUUGAUGCAAAACCUGCUGCAGAAUGUUGGCAUUACCGGCGACUCCUCCGUCGUGGGUCGGGCCAUUGGAACCCUUCUGGUGCAUGGCGGACCAAACCUCGGCGUCACGAUGAACGACUUUUCCAACGAGUUGCAAUCUGCCAAGGACGACAGUCGCAAGUGUCUUGCCCUUGCAAUUCUUGGUGAGAUCGGAUUGCGGAUGGGCGCCGAGUGCUCUCUCACCCCUGACUUGUUCAUUGCCCACUUCGACUCUCCCUCCGACCAUGUCCGUUUGGCGGCUGCCACUGCCCUCGGGAAUGCAGCGGCAGGGAGUGUCAAGGCAUACUUGCCUAUCCUGUUGAACGGCCUGACGAAAUCCAACUCUCAGAGCUAUCUUCUCCUCCACUCGGUGCGGGAGUUACUCCAGCAUCCCGAAGUGGUGCGUCCUGACCUUGCGCCCUCUGCCCUCAAACUGUGGCAGUCACUCCUCGUCGUUUCGGAGGAAGAGGAUAAUCGGGCUGUUGGUGCGGAGUGCGUUGGCCGUCUUGCGCUGAUUGAUCCGGUGGCCUACAUUCCUCAUUUCCAGCAGUAUCUCUCCAAUCAAGACACCGUCAUUCGCGGCGUGGUCAUUUCGGCUUUCAGGUACACGCUAGCCGAUUCAAGCGAUGCCUACAACGACGUCCUUCGCCCCUUGAUAGUGCCUCUUCUGACCAACAUGCUUGCCGACCGCGACCUGGGCAACCACCGACUUGCAUUGACCACCCUGAAUUCUGCCAUCCACAACAAGAUGAACCUGCUUCUCCCUCAUCUGGACGAACUGCUCCCGGCCGUCUUCGGCGAUACUCAGAUCAAGCCGGAGUUGAUUCGGGAGGUGCAAAUGGGUCCGUUCAAACACAAGGUGGAUGACGGACUCGACCUGCGCAAGAGUGCCUACGAAACUCUCUACGCGUCUCUCGACACAUCCUUCUCCCGCACGCACGUCGCCGAAUUGUACGACCGUGUUCUGGCCGGCGUUGAAGACGAGCAGGAUAUUCGCGCGAUCAGCAACCUGAUGACAUCCAAACUCAUCACCAUCGCUCCCGAAGAGACGGAGCGCCGCCUGGAUCUAUUGUCGGAGCGCUACACCAGCGUCCUCUCGUUCAAGCCGAAGGACAACGCCGUGAAGCAGGAACUGGAAAAGGCACAAGAAGCCUCGCUGGGUAUUCUGAAGAUCACCAAGGAACUCAGCAAGGCAUUCCCGAAUGCCGAAGCGUCCAACGAUCUGCACAAAUGGAAGGCAUACAUGGAGUACGUGCGGAAGCAGUUUACGAGCCAGUACCAGAGUCUGGACACGGACUUCUAG